GUGGGAGGAGACAGAGGGGAAUUAUAAGCAUGGCUGCGGGGAUACUAACUAGAGUAAUCCGCGGUGUGAGGAGUGCUCAGCUGGUGGGAGCUGCGUUUUCCUCCAACAGCCACACAUUCACCACUGCUGCCAAACCCACACCUGCUUUUCACAACGAAAAUGCUGAUGUGAAUGAUAAGAUCAUGAACUUUCCUCUGACCCAGCCGGACUUCUUCAGUGUGUCUGAGCUCUUUAGUCUAAAGGACCUGUUUGAAGCCCGAGUCCACCUUGGCCACAAGAAAGGCUGCAGGCACAGAUUGAUGGCACCCUAUCUGUUUGGUACACGCCUGGAUGUCGACAUCAUUGACCUGGAGCAGACAGUUUCCCACCUACAGCUGGCACUGAACUUCACAGCACAUGUGGCUUACCGCGGUGGCAUCAUACUUUUUGUAAGCCGCCGGCGCCAGUUCACACACCUGACCGAAUCUACGGCGCAACGAUGUGGCGAAUACGCUCACGCCCGCUACUGGCAGGGAGGUGUGCUCACCAAUGUCGGUGCCACUGGGGUGCGCCUGCCUGACCUCAUUAUCUUCCUCUGUACACAAAACAGUGUCUUCCAGACACACACUGGCGUACGCGAUGCUGCCAAGAUGAACAUUCCCACAGUGGGCAUCGUCGACUCAGACUGUGACCCAAGCCUCAUCACGUAUCCAGUGCCGGGCAAUGAUGAUACUCCGGUUGCGGUGGAGCUGUACUGCCGUCUGUUCAGGAUGGCUAUCAACAGGGCGAAGGACAAGAGGAAGCAAAUGGAGCUGAUUAAGGGAAUAUGAACAAGAGCGAGUGAGCGAGUGUGUCAAGAGACACAAGUUUAAUGCAAGUUCUGCAUUUCUGUCUGAAUUUUUUUUUUUGGCAGCUGUUUAUCACAUUUCAGAGAUUAUUGUUGAGCAUCUAGUUCUUGGUCCUUGUUGAUAUUUUUUCUUCCCCUCAAGCACAUCACUGAUAGAUAUGGCUAAUUAUCAAACCCAACACCACCUCUGGGUGUGUCCGAGCAGGAAUUCACUAAAAUGAGGAAUGUAUUGUGUCCUCAGGUUUGGGUUGGAAAGCCACUGUAACCCAACUCUCACAACACGGAGGUAAAGCAGAAAUGUAGACCAUCUUUGAGACACAGAGGACUGAGAAGAUAAUCCCUAUGUUAGAGAUCCCAGUAUACAUCAACUAGUCAAAGAUACUGAAAGGCUCCAGAAUUUUUCCUGUAUCAUGUGGAGUAGAUGUACUAUUAAAAGUUUGGGUUUCAUCACAAAGCAUAAACAAGUCUUCUGAGUAAA